CUUCUCGUUGUUCCCCAGUCAAGGCAUUGUUCGCCCUCUUCAGCCUCUGCCCGUCGGAAACGCGAGCACCCCUCUCACAGAGUCUACCACCCUCGCCCCAAACCGCAGCACUCCGAAGAGGAGGCUGAAUUUGGGCAGCUUGCGCACUGGUUUCGCUGUGUCCGAGGUCCCCGGCAGGACCCGGAACCGCGUGGUUGGCUGCUGUCCUGAACGACGGGGCGAGCAGCACCGACGACGAGCAGACGAAUACACCCGACGACGCGAUGGGUUCAUCCAAGAGGAAGGCUGCGAAGCCUCCGCCGCAACUGCGCUCCCGCACAACGAGGAGCAGAGGCAAGCCCCUAAACCUCUCUGAUCCAGCUGAGAAUGGCCAGCUGCUCAAUGAGCAACUACGCGCCAUGGGGCUCUAUGCCGCCCCGACCCUCGGCGACGGGAACUGCCUCUUUCGCGCGCUCUCCGAUCAGCUUUACGGCACGCCCUCUCACCACCUUAGACUGCGCCAGGACAUCUGUGACUGGAUAGCAUCCCACAAGCAACGCUAUGCGCCCUUUGUCGAUGACGAACGGGGUCUAGACGUUCAUCUCCAAUGCAUGCGAGAACCAGCGACAUACGGCGGGCAUCUUGAACUAUCCGCCUUUGCACACAUGACCCGCCGUGACGUCAAGGUCAUCCAGCCCGGGCUCGUGUACGUGAUCGAGUGGGCCGCGGGCGGCGACGCAGACGAAGAUGCAGAUAACGUCGCCUCGACAUCCUCCGCCCCGCCGACGUCCUCUGCGGCCGUCGAGUCAACGGCGAAUGGGCGUGAGAAACGGCGCGCGGCGCGCGAUCGCAAGCGCGCAGAGAAGGAACGCGAGAGGCCGCCGCCGCCGCCCGAGCCUUCAGAAGAGGACGACCCUCCUGGCCCAGUCUACGUUGCAUAUCAUGACUGGGAACAUUUUUCAUCUAUCCGCAACUUGCGAGGUCCACAUACAGGGCUGCCCAAGGUUGUCGAAACGCCUGCACAAGAUACUUCCAGACCGCCUUCACCGGCACCAGCCAAGAAGCCGGCCUCAAAGGCUAAGACUAAGCCAGAGUCCAAGGCGAAACCUGAAUCCAAGGCGAAGGGCAGAGUAGCCGCACUUGCGCAGGCAGAGGCACCAGAGCCGCAGACGCCAUCGCAGAUCCCACUGCCCUCGUCCCGUUCGGUGUCGCCGCUACCCUCGCGAGCGUCACCCGUACUAUCGUCUGCACCGACUCUGCCCUCAGACUCGAACGAAGCACUUUCAUAUCGUUCGCCGAAGCGGACGUUCGACGAGUCGUCUGCAUCAUCGCAGGGGCAUUCAGAGAGUUCACAAAGCGCAUCUAAGCGGCAGAAGAGCUCCUCACGGCCAUCUUCGACGGCCGCCCGGGAUAGCGAACAGUCAGCCGUUGGCAGCGCACCGCAUGGCAUGGACAUGCUCGUUGACGAUGCAGAUCUCGACACGCCCGAGUUGUCGGCGUCAGGGUCAUCGUCUGCAUCCGAGAGUUCCCUCUCUUCCGUCCCAUCGCCAGAGCCUUCCCCGCCUCCCCCCGUACUGCCUCCCUCCCCAGUACAGCCGCGUCUCACACGCCGGCAGCGUAAAGCACUCGGUUUACCGAGACCUCGCGCGGCGCUUGUGGCGAAGACUACGGCGAAGACGAAGGGCGGUGCGGGGAAGAUCGUCAUCCCAGGCGGGAAGUCGAGGAAGUUCGCGAGCAAGCCUGGGGUGCAGGACACCGGCGACGGCGACGGCGAGGCCGAAGACGAGGCAGAGGCGGGCGCGGGCGCGGAGUGGAGGAACAACGGCACGGGCCGCGUGGACGUGCGGGGGUUUCGCGAACUGAAGAUCUAAUGACUCGCCCCGGCGGGGUGCGCCCGCUGCACUCGAUCUAUCGCAUUUUUGCAUCAGCAGGGACAUUCGGACAUCUCGCACAUCAUCUCCUCUCUCGGACUCCCCGUCGUCAUCGUCGUUGUCGUCGUCUUGUUUUGUCAGUGCACCGCAACCCAUCUCCUACGCAGCAUCCCCUUCUUCCUCAGUGUCUUCCUCG